AGAGCGGACCGAGAGUAGUUGUAGGUUUUCACGCGGAGGGAAAGCGAGCAAUCAGGGGCAUAUUUUCGGACGAUUGGUGUAGUUCGGAGACUGCUGGAGAUCGGGGGCCUGUUCGCUGCUCCCUAUCUGCAUUGAUUUUUACCAUUGUUUCCACCAGUUGGGCCGAAAUCAGGCCUAGUUGAGAAGGUUUUAAUGUCGGGGAGGCCUUCGCUUGGGCGUAACUCUAGGUGGUAUGAGCAGGUGGCUGGUGUGGGUUUAUGUUUAUGUUUAUGUUUUUUUUUUUUUUUUUUUUUUUUCUUUGUGUAAUUGAUGGCGGAGUGAGGUUUCGGAGUUCGCUGUGCGAGGUUUGUCGUGGUUAUUGGAGUUCCUCGAGAUGUCACUUUGGAUGGUGGUGAGGAGCGGCGCGGCCCUUGGUUGGAGGGUUAGUUGGGAGGGCUUUUGGAGUUUAUGCAAACAGGGUGUGGAGAUGGUGCCGGAGCGUUGAGGUUUUGGAGGAGUCACGGACGGAUACCUCAUUCGCGGAGGCUUUAGCAUGAGGUUUUGGGGUUCUUGAGUUGAUGCAAGGUGCGGGUGCAGAGAUUCGGCUUAAGUAUGGGUGCGGCGGAAGAGGGUUGCACCCGAUUAGAUCAUAGAGAGGAGAAGGAGAUUGUGGCGGAGGAUGUAUUAGGUUCGGACUCUGUACCUGAAGGUCAUAGCGAAGGUCAUUUGAGAACGAAAAAUGAGGUUAGGGAGGAAGAGAUUGUUGUAGACGCUGCCAAUCCUUUGGAAGAGGAAGACCCUUCAUGUGGCUUUGCUGAGGUUGCGAAAGAAAGUGGCAACGAGGGGACUGUCAAACCAGUUCAAGAGGAAGACAUUGACAUUUCUCCAAAUGGCAAUAGUUUGGCCUCUCUCGCUCAUACGCCGCAUGAUAUGGCUGCUCGCUUCAAGAACAUGUUCGUGUAUGACAACUCGUUCUCAGUCUUGCCGGCUUCUAUGAGGAUUUUUAAGCAACUCAGGAAGCUCAAGUAUUGGGCAAAUGAAGUCAAAGUGCUACCUGACGAGAUCGGUGAAUUGACAGAGUUGGAGGAGGUGUGCCUUAAAAUGUCUCCAACAGGUCUCGGUAGUUUGCCUCCUCUUGGCAAGCUUAGCGGGCUGAGAGCUUUAGAACUUCAUCAAACUCCCGUACCUCCUUCUUCUGCCACUUUGACUCGAGACAUUGCUCAACUUCGGUCUCUCACCCGCCUUGCGGUUUGCCAUUUCUCUAUCUCGUGGAUUCCUGCAGAGAUAUCUUCUCUCAAGAAUCUGGAGGAAUUGGACCUGUCAUUCAACAAGUUGAGAUCUUUACCAAAGGAUAUAGCUGGACUCACAGCUCUGAAAAGUUUAAGAGUAGCCAGUAACAAGCUGGUGGAGCUGCCAUCUGAACUUUCAGCGUUGCCGAAUUUGAGUAGUAUUGAUGUGGCACACAACCGCCUCACGUCGUUCCAUUCUCUUGUUCUGCAGUCCAUGACCUCAUUGAGGGCCCUUAAUGCUCAGUUCAACAAGUUGCAAAACAUAGGCCAGAUUCCAGCGUGGGUGUGUUGCCAGUUUGAAGGAAAUGAAAAGCUGGAGACAACGCUUUAUUGUGCUAAGUCUGAUGAUAUAGCCUCUACAGAGGAGUAUCAGUUAGACUGGGAAGUCUCUCCAUCAGCUGGAAGUGCCCUCGUUGUCAAAGUUGAUGAUCUGGUGUGUCCAUCCGUGAAGGGAAACUCUCUCAGCCAGAAAGUAACUACAAACCUGAAAUUAAGGCGCGGAUGGCGGAAACAGGAAAACCAGCAGUACAAAGCUCGACAAGAUCGUCUGAACUGUAGUCGCAAACAUCGAAAUGACGAGCUUUGUGUCAGUAGCGAGGAAACAAGUGUCAGAAAUGUGGAGGUUGAAGAAGUUCCAUGUAUAAGUUCAAGUGGAGAUGAAAGUGUCAUGGACUUACAGCAGCCAAUAGUUUCGGAAUGUAUUGUUGGUGAUGCCGGGAGAGAUGCAUGUGGGACAAAAACACGCGUUCUUGUUUCAGCUAAGCAGGAAUUUGAUUCGAGGGAAGACUCUGAGAAGGGUAAUUGCCACAGUGAGUCUAGUUUAAACAGCGAAAACUUAAGGGGAGGGAAUAUUGGUGGAAAAGUAGAUUCCUUGGUGGGAUCGAAGGAUGAGGGUUAUCGCAGUGACGUUGAUCGUAGAAAUUUGAAAGACAAAAACAGGUCCAGAAAAGCCAUUACUGGUGAUAGAUCUUCUGGAAACGAGGAAUGUAAGUCUUUAGAGGAUUGUGAAAGAUGCAUUGUCAAGCAGGAGGUAAGAUUUAGGCGACACGGCAGUGAUACGGACAGGAAUCCGAAGCCAAGUAAGCGGCGGCGCCCUGCACAAGAUUUUUCAGAAAUUUCGUUCAAAUAUUAUAGUGAAUCUUUUUGUGGGUUCCAUGAAAGGUUGCCUGACGGCUUCUAUGAUGCGGGUCGUGAUCGGCCCUUUUCCUCCUUAGAGGUUUUCGAAAAGGAGCCACCUUCCUUCAACUCGAGGGAGGUCAUCCUUGUCGACAGAGAAAGGGAUGAAGAUUUGGACGAGAUUACGCUUUCAGCUCAGCAGCUUCUUGGAAGGUUGAGGCCGUCACUGUCCAAGAAUAAUGAGGAACAGACAAAGAGAAUGGCAGUGGAUACUUUUCAGAUGAUUACAAUGUUGGCCCUGUUUGUUUCCGACUGUUUUGGUGGCAGUGAUAAAACUCAGAAUGUCACAAACAUGCGCCGAGCUGCACUUGGAGGCACUGCGGGUGCUCCUUUUGUCUGUUCUUGCAGCUCAAGUCUGAGUGCAGGAAGUUCCAAUGGAUUUGUAGAUAAUGGUGUCGGAUCUUCACCUGGGGCUGCACUUCCAAGCGUGCACGCACUCUGUGAAGCUGCAGUGAAGUAUUUGAAGGCACAGAGAGGAUCAAACGUGGUUCCUCUUGGGUCUCUACGAUUUGGCGUGUGUCGGCACCGUGCUAUACUGCUCAAGUACUUGUGUGACCGAGCAGAUCCCGUAAUUCCAUGCGAGCUGGUGCGGGGCUAUUUGGAUUAUAUGCCACAUGCAUGGAAUGUCAUUCUGGUAGAAAAUAGCAGUAGCAGCGUUCGUGUUCUAGUCGAUGGGUGUCGUCCCUUAGAUAUUCGCCAUGAAAGCGAUCCGGAGUACUUCUGCAGAUACAUUCCACUCAAGCGGUUUCUUUUGCCAUCUGCUUUGGAUGGAGAUCGGCUGUUGAACAAUGACAUCACAUCUCCCGUUUUGCUCGAGGAAAUUGGUCAAGGAGCUUCAGGUGCUUCUGUUCGCCGCUGUAAGUUUGGGGAAAUUACAGCAGCUGCGAAGGUUCGACGACUUGAAGGAGGUGGUGAUGGCUUAUCUGGUAAGGGUCCAGAAAGCAGCUGUCUUAGCGAACUGCGCAUACUUUGCAGUCUUGGCACGCAUCCUUGCAUCGUUUCUCUUUACGGCCACCAGUUUGUCUCUCAGUCCGACACAGGUUCCCGGCUCAUCAUAUACAUGGAGCAUGUGAAAGGAGGCUCGCUAGAGGGAGUAAUUAAAGAUUUGGCUAAAGAAGGGAAAAAAUUCAUGUCUCCAAGGCUUGCCUGCCAGGUGGCAAGAAAUGUGGCUUGUGCUUUGGGUAUGCUGCACUCCAAAGGCAUACUUCAUAGGGAUAUAAAGAGCAGCAACGUGCUGAUUGAUCUGGAUUCAAAACAGGGUCCCGAUGGAGGUCCUGUUGUGAAAUUAUGCGACUUUGAUAGUGCUGUUCCAUUGAGUUCGUCAGCUACUCAUACAUGCUAUCUGGCACAUCGCGGUGUCCCACCAAUUGGUGUCUGUGUGGGAACACCUCGUUGGAUUGCUCCCGAGGUGUUGCAGGCCAUGUAUGGAAGGCAUGCCUAUGGAUUGGAAGCGGAUGUGUGGUCUUUUGGCUGCCUGGUGGCUGAAUUACUGACCCUCAGGGUUCCAUAUUCUGGGCUCCUGGAAUCUGAAGUUCACUCUUGUAUCCAGAUGGGUCAACGUCCUCGUUUAUCCGCUGAGCUAGAUAACCUGGCCUCUCAACCUUUUCCUGACAAAAAAACUGCAAUUGACGAAACGGAUAUCCUCAGAGUAUUGGUGAAACUUUUUUACUCUUGCACAAAGGCAAGUCCGUCGCAACGUCCCACUGUUAAGGAGAUUUUUGCAAUGCUUUCAGAGGUUUCCGGUCCUGCCUCGACAAAUGUAGAUCCACCAUUCCAAGAAGAAGCGACUGAUGUAUCCACGAACAUCGACGAGACUGGUCCAAAUAUAUUGAGACCCCUUGAAUCGGGACUUCUAGAGGAAUCAACACCCAAUGAGGCAGAACUGCCAUGCAGUUGCGGAGGGGAGAAGUGUCCGCAUUGUGAAUCAAAAAGUGUCUUAGAGGCAAAAGCUACCUGAUUUCGUAGACGAUAUAUUUGGUGUCCAGCAUUCAAUGAAGAUUUCGAACUAUUUGUCUCAUAAUUACCAGAUAUUCACGAAGUGAAACAGUAUGGAGUAUGGAGUUACUCUUGCAUUAUUGUGUAGCACUAAGAAAUCACUUUUGUUGAACCAUGGUUUGGGCUUGGAACAUACAUAACAGGUAUUCCGUCAUUGAUUUACUGUCGGUAUUUAAUUCUCA